GUGCACUGUGUCCCUCGGACACAGCGGAUCACCGAUCAUGGAAAGAGCUGAAGAUGUCGGCUCGAUCAUGUGAUCAGCAGUGUCCAAUCACAGCUGAUCACAUGGGACAUGUACACUGAUCAUCAGGGCACUGAUGAUCAGUGUGCCCUGAUGAUCAGUGUAGCCCCAGCUGCCUAUCAGAGCUGCCUAUCAGUGCCAUAUGUGAGUGCCAUGUAUCAGUGCUGCGUUUCAGUGCCCAUCAGUGAUGCCUGUCAAUGCCCAUCAGUGUCACCUACCAGUGCCUCCUCAUCAGUGCCCCCUAUCAGUGUCCAUCAGUGCAGCCUAUCAGUGCCCAUCACUGCAGCCUCAUUAGUGCAUAUCAGU